AUAUGAUCAUGAUUUUAUAGGAACAUGAAUUACAAAAUGGAGCUGAAAAGUGGAUAACAAAUGCAUUAAGCUACAUGCGUUCAUCUUGCCCUACUAGCCUCAAGAUAUUUUUGAAAUCAAUCAGGAAAGGCAGGGUACAAAACAUUGAUCAAUGCCUUUGUCGAGAUUAUAACAUUUCCUGCCACUUGGGAAGAAGAACUUUUGGAAAUGAUUUAUAUGAGGGUUCAAGAGCAAAAUUGAUUGAUAAAGAUAACAAGCCCAAGUGGGAACCUUCAAAACUAGAGCUGGUUAAAGAAGAAAUAGUGGAUCAAUACUUUGAGAACGUCAAUGAUGAUGAAUGGGAAUGUCUUCGAUUUCCUGAUAGAUCCAAUUCUCAAAUUGUAAGCAGAUUAUAAGGUUUAAUGGAGCUCAUUCUGCUAGUUUAAACUUAAGAACUAUAUGUAAGCAAUUUGAGAAUAAAUUAAGUGAAAUAUCUAUGUUAUUUCAGGGUAAAGGAAUUGAUGUUAAAUUUAGUUCUAAUUAAGUAAAAUAAAAUAUCUGUAGUAUGUGAUU